CACAACCACUACGCCAAGCACUAAACUCUGUUAUUCUGAAGAGAGAUAAAUUCAAUUUUAUUUUUACCUCAGAAGUGACCAAUGAGCUCCUUCGUUUCACGUGUGUCACUGAAAAAAAAAACUUUGAUUGCGCGAUCACAUUAGGAUAGGCUUGAGACGCAACAGAGGGUGUGGGGAUCAGACUGAUAUACAUCUGUGUGUAAAAUACAGACAGAUUUGAUUUUGAGUUCGCGAGGCAACAGUUCCUCUGGUCUGUAAUUGAAAAACAAGGUCAAGAUGAAGUUCUUGGUGUGUCUAGUGAUUUUUGUUGCAAACGCAGGAGCCAUACAAGAUUUGUCUGGUAAAAUGUUUACGUUUCCACAACAAACCAAGACUUAUUAUGUGAAGCUGAUCACAGCAAAAAGGAACCUAGGUGCUGCCACUGUCUGCCACAGGUCAUUCACAGACCUCAAACGGGACCACUGCCUUUUCUCAAAGUCAACACCUUCUUUUCCCAAUGAGUUCCUGGUGUUUUAUGAUUACACCAAUAAGGAAGUGGAGAUCCAUUUGAAGGAACAGAAGGCUGAAUAUAGGUUCCUGGACUACAAACCCAACCAGUGGCACUCCCUCUGCACCACCUGGGACAUGGGUUCUGGACUGGUGCAGGUCUGGUUCAACGGAAUGCCCCUCGCCAGAAAAUUUGUCAAGCAAGCAAACAUGACCGGAGAGCCCAUCAUCAUUUUAGGACAGGAGCAGGAUUCCCAUGGAGGAGGCUUUGACAUUAACCAGAGUUUUGUGGGGAUGAUGACUGAUGUGCACAUGUGGGACUACGUGCUCUCGUCCUGUGAGAUCCAGAAGUAUAUGUCUGAGCUCAGCUUCACUCCAGGGAACGUUCUCAACUGGGCAGCUCUGGACUUCCAGAUCAACGGACGAGUGCUGAUCGAGAAUAAGCAGAUGUACUGUCAGUAAACUGUGCGUGGAUUUCAGAGCGAUGAAGAUCUUGCACUGUUGCCAUGGAAAUAAUAAUCCAAAACUGUUAUGUAUUUUGAUUAUGAGCAAAAGUUCUCAAAAUAUAAUCUGUAAAGUGAAAGUUGAAGCCAAUAAAGUUAGAGAGUUGGG